CGCGCUCAGCUCCGCAGCCGGUAGGACGAGGCUGCGGCGCUGCUCUUAAUCCUUUGUGCUCCGCGGCGGCUUCGCGGGCUCUCACCGAAGCGUCCUCUCGCUCGCCAGCCCCGCGCUCUCUAGCGACGGACCAUGGCGGCGGCGGGAGCAGGCGCGGGCGUGGAGGCGGGCUUCUCCAGCGAAGAGCUGCUGUCACUUCGCUUCCCGCUGCACCGCGCCUGCCGCGACGGAGACCUGGCCGCGCUGUGCUCGCUGCUGCAGCAGACGACGCGCGCUCAUUUGGCCGCCGAGGACUCCUUCUACGGCUGGACGCCCGUGCACUGGGCCGCGCACUUCGGCAAGUUGGAGUGCUUAAUGCAGUUGGUGAGAGCUGGAGCCACCCUGAAUGUGUCCACUACACGCUAUGCCCAGACUCCAGCUCACAUCGCCGCUUUUGGAGGACAUCCUCAGUGCCUAGUCUGGCUGAUCCAAGCAGGGGCCAACAUUAACAAACCGGACUGUGAGGGGGAAACUCCCAUUCACAAGGCAGCCCGCUCCGGGAGCCUCGAGUGCAUCAGUGCCCUGGUGGCGAACGGAGCUCAUACUGACUUGAGAAAUGCCAGUGGCCUGACAGCAGCAGACAUUGCACAAACCCAGGGUUUCCAAGAGUGCACCCAGUUUCUCUUGAACCUCCAGAAUUGUCACCUGAACCGUUUCUGUCAUAAUGGUGCCUUGAGUGGGGGCCAUGAAAACGGAUUUCCCAAUCGUGUUAGUGUGGGAACAAAUCGAAAGAGAUGCUUAGAAGAUUCGGAAUCCUUGGGAGUGAAGAAAGCCAGAACUGGAGUUCCAAGCCUGGACUACGCCAUGCCACUAAUGAACGGCGAGACCGAAGACGACGCUGACAGAAUGCACGUUGAUAGAGAAUUUUCUGCUGUAACAGAUAUGAAAAACAGUAGCUCCGUAUCGAAUACAUUGACAAAUGGAUGUGUCAUCAAUGGACAUUUGGAUUUCCCCUGCGUGGCCCCGCUCAAUGGGAUGGAAAGCAGGAAUGACCCGGGCUUGACAGGACCUAAUGGAAUUAGCAAUGGAUUAGUGGGUUCUGUCUGUGUUAAUGGGACUGAGGAGCCAGAAAAGACCAUGAGUGUUAACCCUGAGAUGUGCGGUUCUCUGCACCUGAAUGGAAGCCCCAGUAGCUGCGUGGCCAGCAGGCCCUCCUGGGUGGAGGACAUUGGGGAGAACUUGCAGUAUGGACAUUACCACGGUUUUGGGGACACUGCCGAGAGCAUCCCUGAGCUGAGCAGCGUGGUCGAGCACUCCAGCUGCGUGCGGGUGGAGCAGCGGUAUGACAGCGCCGUCCUUGGUGCCAUGUACCUGCACCACGGCUCCUGAGGACAAGAGACUGGCCACCUCCCCGACAGCUAACUCAUAGCACCAUGGCAGCACCAACUUGGAGGGUCUCCCCCGUCCUGCUUUUGUACUUGAACUCUGAGAAAGUAGACUCCUGCCCGAGCAGCUCCCAGUGAGUGAGUGGUGCCUGAGCAGGCUUCCUGGGCCCAGAGGUGUCCCUGGCAGGGUAUUCAUCCUUUUAGAAGAUUCUCUUUUGCAGUUUGGUUUUUCUGAUGCCGGUGUCUACUUGAUUUUUUAAUACUGUCACCAGAAAUUGCCAUUUUCCUUUUUGUAAGUUGUAUCUGAUCACAAUAAGGGGGCAGUGGUCGAGAUGCCUGGCGAGUUACCUCUUACACUUGGGCAUCGUUUUGAGGGCCUCCUUGCUCUCUCUGUAAGGUCCUGACCAUGCAGCCUCACAGAGAUUCCGGUCGGGAUUGUCGAAGAAAAGAGCGUUUGUCUCUUUCAGAGUCUUCUCACUGCAACUGCCACAGGGUGGGGGUUUUAGUGUGGCGCACAAUGGCUUCGUGAUGCAGCCUACUGCCCUGGGUUCCAUUAGAACAGGCCCAGCCUGGGGCGGAUUGUGACUGUUUCUACUCCACAUUUCCUACUUGCUCUCUAGGAUUUGUACCACAUAUAAUGGUUUCCUUUAUACGUAGCGGAUAUUACUAUUUGUAGGAACUGUCAGAUCAAAAUAUUUAACUACUUUUACUUUUUUUUUCCCUUUUUGUUUUUUGAGAUUUCCUGCUUUAAAAUAUAUAUAUAUAUAUUCACAUAUAUCACUAUGUAUAUCCAGUUAAUUGAGAGAAUUUUGAAUCUCUUAAUAAAACUGCAUUAAGUUUAUGGUUUUGUAGAAAUUAGCUUUUGUUUAGGCAAAAUUAGUGGUUACACUGCAAAUAUUGUAAUGAAUUUUUACUUUUUGGAUUUUUUUGUAAUAACAAUUGGUGCAGAUGGAGAAAAUGUCACAUGAGCAAACCAGUGUUGUAAGAGUGUACUAACAUUUGUUUUAAAACUGUUCUCUACAAAUUGAGUAAAACACUCUCACGGUCA